AUGCCGACUUCACCCGCCGCCGCCGCGGCCACGGAAGCGUCUGGCCCAGUCGCACUGGAUUCUCCUCUGCGAACGACUCCCAUCCACCCAUCCGUCCCGUCUGUCAAAGUGCCAGACACAGCCCUGACUACCGAGCCCAACACGAACCCCGUCACGCUGCGACCCUUUACCGAGGCCGAGCUGGAGAAACAUGGGUUCGAGAAACUGCGAGAGCAGAUCGUUGGCGCUUCGAAGUCGGGCUCGGGUAAGGGAGGAUCUGGAGUGACGGAGAAACAAAAGCAGGAGAUUGAGCGCAUCAGGGAGGAAACCGCGGCGUUGUUGAAGCAGAAGUUGGACGAGAGGGAGACCAAGGUCCGCCAGAUUGAGCGGGAGAUGGAGGUCAAGGCGAAAACUCGCGAGGUUGAGAGGAAGGUGUUUCAAAAGAAGUUUGGGGCGGGGAAGGAUCUGUGA